GCUAUGGUAAUACAUAAUGGUCUUGGUGUGUAUGCCAUUAUUGGUGACGUUGUUUUUUGCGGUGUGUCCAGGUCGUUAUGCAACGGGGCGUCAUGGCACUACCCAGGGCUUACGGCAACUUAAUGGCUUACAAAGGGUAUACACACAUCUACCUUACUGCAGCGCCCUAAAGCCCGAGUCUGUAACUAUGGAUACUAUAUGCCUAUCAUCAUGUGGUACUAUCGAGCAUGAAGACGGCGUGGUGUGUAACCCUCAGGCAGAGACAUGGAAGAUUAGGCUGAACGCUGACAUCAAGAGCGGCUUUUCGAUAAAGGACGACUGCCCUGGAAACCAAAAGAGGUUCAAGUGUUUACCAUACCAGAGCAAUGAGAUCCAAUGUUCGGACGCUUCAUUUGACACAUACCCUGCUGGAUUCAGUUGCUUCACUCAGUGUGGUGAGCUGAAGUGUCCAUCGAAUGACUACAUGACCCCUGUACCGGCAAAUGAUUUUAAGCUUGCGGAUUGCAAAAGCAGCUACCGCGUGAGGUGUAGGAUUCACCCUAAGAAUAACAACCAGCUGAUCAACGUACCCGAUUUGACUAUGGAGUUACAAAUAGGUCACCUAAAGUACGGUCGUAAGGCAGCUGGUCAUCAAUCAUAAAAUCGAAUGAUUCCAAUAUCGCAGCGCAUUAACAUGGACU